AUGCCCCAAGUCAGGCGAGGAAGCCGGAGCCUCGAUUGGCACACUCGUCCUCUGGCAACGAUAUUAUCCUCGGACAAUGCCUCUCCAAACGCAAGCGAGCCGCUAAACGACAUUAUUCCCGAUAGCCGCCCUCCCGCCGGUUCUUCCGGCUCCAACAACAACAACCACAACCGCAACAUCACCAUCUCACCACCAGAGCCGCCGUCGCUGGACUCCCACCCCCGGAGCGUCCCCGGCUCGCCCAUAUCCUCCUCAUCCGCCCUCCACGAGCCCCCUCGACGCAGCCUCUCCUACGCUCUCCGCCCGCCCGCCCCGGCAUACUACGACUCCCGCGCCGCCACGCGCACCGAGUACGCCCGCCGCGGACGAACCCUCCAGGAAUACUACGACGCCAACCCGCUUCUGCUGCCCCAGCUCCCGUUCACGUGGCACCACGGCCGACGUCGCUGGCGCCUGUUUCUAUUUGCCUUCUUCGCCUUUGUCGAUGCCUCCGUCGUCCCCAUCGCCCUGUACUACGCCCUCAACUACGCCGGCCACGUCGAGGGAUGGAUCAUCUUUGCCGUCGUCACCACCAUCUGGGGCGGGCCGACGUAUCUGGAGUUUGCCGUGCGCACCUUCCGCCUGAUCAAGAAGGAGAGGUUCUACAGGCCCCUGGGCACCGACUCGAGGUGGUGCUUCGACAUGCUGACCUGGGCGUCCGUCAUCACCAUUACCGCCGUCACGGCGCUGUUUAUCGUCGGCAGCGCGCCGCACAUUGUGUGGCUGAGGGUCCUGUGCAUGCCUGCGCCCGCCAUAUUGUACUGCCUGGGCGGCGUGAUGGCGUUGAUAAUGCUUUGGCAUGUCAUGGGGUGGAAGGCGCCGUUUAGGAUCAGCUCCACGGCCAAGGGGGAGCCGGUUCUUCCCGCAGCGUACUACUUCAUUGAAGAUGUAAUUGCCGUCAAUGCCAAGGCUGGUCGUCCGUAUCGCGAGGCCCUCGCCGCCCGGUACAAGGCAUCCCCGCGGUUCCAGCGGAUGCUCUACGUGCAGAGCAUCUUUUGGAGCAUCCCCGCGCUUGUGCUGGCCGCUGCGCUGACCGUCAUAGCUGUUGUUCACCAAGUCCCAGCUACGGUGGCGUACGGUAUAUGUUGGGCCGUGCCGUUCAUCUGGUGUGCCGUGUGGGGAGGCAUUUCCGUGUGGUGGUGCAAGCGGGACAUGAUUCGGGAGAGACUCGAGUGGGAGCAGAGCUGUGGCGAGGUUGAGAAGCAGCCGCCGCCGAGGACCGAGUCGGAUUCUGGGUCGGGCGUUAUGGUUGGGAGGCCUGCCGAUGCUGUGGCCGUUUGA